AUGGAAAGAAAAAUAAUGGAUGCUCUUGCAGUCAAGACUGAAAAGGUGAAAGUCCUGACCAUCAUACUCGAGAAUGCUGAGAAACAAGUCAAUGAUUUGUUACUAGAGAAAGUAGCUAUGAAAAGCUAUAUCACAGAUGUUACUGGUAUGCUUUCAGAUAUUGUUGAAACUAAGGACUCAAUGAUUACAAUCAUGGUGAGGAAACAUCUUGCUGAGAAACUAAGGCCCAUCUUUGCCAUGCUUCAUUGUUUGGAGUGUGUUCAGGAAUCUAGCUCCAUUCUGAAACAAGGGAGAGAACAAUCCAAGAAAGAUGGCCCCAAACCUUCAGCGAAGCCCAUUGUCAAAGACAAAUAUGAUCCUAAAGGCAAAGAAAAACUUUUCACUGAAGAACCUAUUAUUAAACAAAGUGAAGACAAAGAGCCUAAUGAAAACGAGCUUAAAAGAACAAAAGCACAUGAAGCUAAUAUGGAUAAGCAUCAAAGGAUAGUUCGUGAGGCUGAAGCAAAAGAGAAAGUAGAAAGAGAAGCUCAGCUAGAACCAGUUGUGUUAUUUGAGCUGCAAAAUACACAAGGAUUACAAUUGGAUCUUCCAAUAACUCCAAAAGCGUUCAAGUUUCGCUCUUUUGUAAGAGCAGUGAAUGUCCCGUUCGCUGAUAGCGGCACUGACCAUUUGCUCUUCUUGUUCUAUCUCAAGCAUAUGAAGCCACAGUAUGAAACAUGGAGUGCUAGCAAGAUUACUAUAGUAAAGGUCACAAGUCCAAUCAAAAUCGACAGCUUCCCGAAUGUGAAGUUCAAGGUUGUGAAAGGUUUUGCUAGUCAGGUUCAUGAAUUCACUCUCGCAGACUUGCCUUGUCCUAAUCUGUAUGAUUGGAUCAUGCUUUACAAUUUAUUGUUGAGAUACGAAAAGAAGUACGAGCCCGUUAUCGCUCACCUCAAGCUGAUGAUAGUUUUGUAUAUUCAAGACGUGGGAAAAAUGAAUGUGGAAAUAGUUGUUGUACUAAGAAGGAAGCCCUUUGAUCUCCCUAAAGAGGUACCAGAAGGUUUUGAGAAGUUGAAGCUUGGAAACAUUUACAAAAAAGGAUGCCACAGUGUGAUUGAGGAGGAAGAUUGGUGCUUUGGAGGAAAGGAAUAUCACAUUUUUCCCAAGGGUGGGGGAAGAAGAGAGCUUAGUCUCACCGAGUUGGCAUUAAGGACGGAGAUUUAUCUUCCAUCCAAGGUGCACACAAAUGCUUACAUGGAGUUUAUCACGGGUAGCAACAAACUUACAGAAGGGUUCAAGGUCGAAGAAGAAUGGAGGAUCAUUGCAAAAAAGGCUUACCAAUAG